AAAGAGAAUAUUUCCUGACAUGGACUCAGAUCCUCAUGCCCUCUCCACAGAUGAUCUUUCUUCAAUUCUCCAAAACUAUGAUGAAACCUGGUCAGAGGUCUUAGUCCUGAAGAAGAAACAUGACAAAUCUGAUCUAUUAAAAGACAAAGAAACUGAGCUUGAACUGUUGUCACAAAAGCUUCAAUCAGCAACAUUUGGUCUGGAACACAUCUUCAGAGAGAUGGGGCAGAUCUAUGAAGCCCAUAAAUCUCUGAGGAAACAAUCACUAGGUCCACUGACUGAAUGGACUAAAUACCCUGAGCUGGCUGCAGAUCUGAUGAUAUCAGGACACCCGAUGGAGCUGAUGGAUGGGGAUGCAGGCCAUGUGCCUUUGAUAUGGAUCUCUAGUCUCUUAAAAGAAGUCAUCCAGAAACUUGGUGACCAGAGAGUCUUUGUGCUGUCAGUUCUGGGUGUACAAAGUAGUGGAAAGUCAACGAUGCUGAACGCCAUGUUUGGCCUGCAGUUUGCAGUCAGUGCUGGGAGAUGCACCAAGGGUGCCUACAUGCAACUGGUUAAACUGUCAGAGGAAAUCAAGGACAACUACAAGUUUGACUACAUUCUAGUUGUGGACACUGAAGGACUGCGAGCUCUUGAGUUAGCAGGUAAUGCUACCCUUCAUCAUGACAAUGAACUUGCAACAUUUGUUGUUGGUCUGGGAAACAUGACACUGAUCAACAUCUUUGGUGAGAAUCCAGCUGACAUGCAAGAUGUCCUACAGAUUGUUGUGCAGGCUUUCAUGAGGAUGAAGAAAGUCAAGCUUUCUCCAAGUUGUGUGUUUGUCCAUCAGAACGUCACAGAUAUUACAGCAGCAGAGAAAAACAUGGACGGAAAAAGACGCCUGCAAGAAAAACUGGACAAGAUGGCUCAACUUGCUGCCAAAGAGGAAGUGUGUGAUGUUGAGUGCUUCAGUGAUGUCAUCGCAUUUGAUGUGCAAAAAGAUGUGAAAUACUUUGCGCAGCUGUGGGAGGGUAGUCCACCAAUGGCUCCUCCAAAUCCAGGUUAUAGUGAGAGUGUCCAAGAACUGAAGUCCAUCAUCUUGUCUAAAGCCAAACAGUCUACUGGGAUCACUCUGUCACAUUUCAACAGAGAAGCAGACAAAGACACAAGCGGACAAAGCAAAACCUUUUUGGGCUAUUUCCAACAAUGGUUUGGAAUGGCAUCAACAACACAGCAUGUGGAAGAACGUAGACCAAAAAAUACUGUUCAGUAUGAAGAACAGGAACUGAUCAGAUCAUUUAUUAAAAAGGUUGAAAAAGAAUGUCUUCAGGCCAUCAAGAGCAAACCUGUUGCAACAAGAGGUUACAGGUCAACCUACUUGCAGGAACUGGCCAAAAAUGUUAAACAAAAAGUGACAGAGUUUGAAUCAGGGAAGAAAUUUACAUUCAAGAAGGAGUUUACAGUUGAUCUUUCACUGUAUGUGUUUGAUAGGGCUGAAGGUUGGCUUUUAAACUCCCACAAGAUCUACAGAGACAACAAUGAUGCUCUCACUUAUUUGGACAACAAGAAAAAUGAGUAUUACAACAUUUUCAGAAGCUUCUGCAAAGGAAGUUCAUCUGCUGUGGUGUUUGGAGAAAUUAUGUGUGAAAAACUCAAAGUUUCUGCUGUUGAAGCCGUCUGUAACAAGACUGGAGUUGAUAUUGCUGGACAGAUGAUGUGCAGUUUCCCAGCAUUCAGUGAGACCAGACUGAACUUAGAGAAACAUGUGUUGGCAUCUCUGGCAGAGAAAGAAGACUUUAACAGAUUCACCACCUAUAUCAGAAAUCCAAGAGCUCAAGUCGAGGCUUUCAUCAAAGAACAAGUAAAGAAAUACAUGUUCAUGACACAGAAAGUUAAAGCCCAGAAUAUCCUGAAGAAAAAUGUAGAAGAAAUCAGCAGAGUCAUCAGUCAGGCUUUGUUUGAGGCAACAGAUGAAGUCAAAAAGAAAAAAGGAAACAUAGAAAUGUGGGUGGAGGAAUUUUCUAGAAAACUAAAACCAAAGUUGAUACUUGAUACUGUUAGUUGUCAAAACUUCAGUGACAUAAACAAUUUUGACUUCCUUAAAGAAGAGAUAGAGAAAGGCCUGAAAAGAAUCACAACAGAGAUGAGCGAACUCUCCCUGGAAAAGGUGAAUGACUGCAGACACAAACCUGAUCAGAUCCUGAUUGAUCAGCUGUGUAACUGCUGCUGGGAAAGAUGUCCAUUCUGUGCUGCUGUUUGCACCAACACUUUGAAGGACCACAGUCCUGAGAAGCACAGUGUUCCUUUUCAUCGACCCUCUGGAGUCGAAGGUUGGCAUGUAAGAGGAACAGUUGAUCUGGUCAUUGAUUUCUGCACCACAUUAGUUGCAAGUGACAGAGCCUUUUACGCUGAUGCUGGCUCAGAGGAGGCUUUUCCUUUUAAACAAUAUCCAACUGCAGGAGAAAAGUAUGCUUCAUGGAGCAUUACAGCUGAUGCCUCUAUGCUGGCCUACUGGAAAUGGUUUAUCUGCCACUUUCAAAAUGAAUUAGAAGUCUACUAUGAUUUGAAAUUUCAGGGUAGUGGAGAAAUUCCUCAGCAUUGGAAAAACUUCAGUAAGAAGGACGCCAUUGAAAGUCUGAAUGAAAUGUUUAGUUUGUGAAGAAACUGCAACCACUCUAUAGUUAGAGAUAGCAAGAUUGCACACAAACUAUAAUGAAUGGCUAUGAAUAUAAAUGUCUGGUUUAUUGUUGUCUCAGUUUAUUCUGUAAGCUUCGUUGAAUUAUCUAGCAAACUUGAGUUUGACCUGUGUGGAAUUAUAUGUCACUUAAACCUAUCUUUUUAUUAGAACGUAACAUGUCAAAUGUGUUCUCAGUAUACAAUGUGCAAAUAGAAUGCAUAAUUAAAAUGUUUUUUUCAUCUGAUUAAGUGUGACCCUGUUAAGCAUUUUACAAUAUAAUAAGAAUGUGCUUAGGGAAGGUAUUUCUCUAUCUACAUUAAGAAGAAGUAACAAGUUUUAAAUGAUAAAACUGUAAAAUAUCUGAGAUGCAAAUAGUUUUUUGUGAGUGAGAGAAUAAAUUAAAACACUUCUGUCAUUUAAUUAAUCACUGAAUGGUUGAGCAUCAAAAUAUAUUAAAAUGUGUUAUGGGUUACAAAUAAACUGCCUGGCCUUGGUGCAACUUUAUUCACAGUGUGAAAAUGUUUAUAACAUUUCAAAUAAGUUCAAUUGCAAAAUAUAUACUUAUAUUUUCCAUUACUUAUUUAUCAGGUUAUAGACAGAUUAAUUUAUUUGACAAAUGAAUCUCAGCAUUUAUUAAAAU